UUGUUUAGGUCAUUUAAACCGUAGAGAAAGAAAAAGUUUGUAAAAAUCCAAAUAAUUUAUAAUAAACAAUUUUUUUUUAAAAAAAUUUUUUUAAACAAUAACUAGACAACUGAAAUACUCAAUUGUUUAAAAUGACGACUUCAAAAGAAUUAAAUUUAGCUCGAAAAAGUCUUGUCAUGUCCUUGGGUGAGAAUGCUAAAGUUUACUUUGAAAAAAUGAAACUUUGGUUCCAAAUGAAGACUACAAAGGAAGAAUUUGAUUGUGAAGCUCGUAAUAUUAUGUCAGAGGAUCAAGUUCAUUUACACAAUGAAUUUCUUUUGUGUUUAUUCAAUAAAGUGCAAGGUCUUGCUACAUCAACAACAAUUCGACCAACAAAAAUUAAUAAUAGCUAUAGCGUUGUGCAAAAUCAAAAAGAGAAAAAAUUACGCUUAAAACGCAAAUAUAAAACGGAUAAAUCUAAUUUUGAGCCGGCAGAUAUGUAUGUGGAAGUUUUAAGUCAAACAUCGUCGCCAGUUGGUGAUGAGCCUAUUGGAGCUAAUCGUUCAAGUGCUCAGGAAUUAAUACUUCCAGAUAGAACUUUUGUUUUGGCACGAUUAAUGUUAGCAGCUUGGGAAAAUAAUAUGGAUGGAGCUGAAGAAAGUACAGCUCAUAUAAUUAUUGCUGCCACUCAUAUUUUUCUUAAAAACAUUAUUACUGCAAUUAUCACAAGAAAAAAAGGCUUCUCAGUUCGUGACAAAACUUUUAUUUACAAUAUCGGUGAACCUGUACCUAGUUCAUGGAAACGAAACACUACUUUUGCUUCUAAUACAUUAAAUUGUACACCAGCGACACUUAGUGACAAUGAGGGGCAAAUACCUGCAGUAAAACCUAAUUUAGAAGAAGCUGAACAAGCAGUAGCUCUUUCAUUAGCAUGUGCCACUCAAACUAUGCUUCCAUGUCCACCUUCAGUUUCUAUUGCUGACUUACAAACAAUUUUAAAGGUGUAUAAAAAUCUUGUUAACAAUCAUACAUUGUAUGCCACAAAUGUUGAACGUUUGUUUACGUAUAAUACUCAUUCUACUUGGGAAGAUAUAGAAUCACGAAAAAUACUUCGUCGUAGUUGUAAAACUUAAAUGGCAUUUUAAGUGUUAAACUAUAAAUUUAUUUAUAUAAUGAAUAUAAAUUAAUUAUAUAUAGAAUUAGUUAUGUACUAAAUUGAUAAUGUAAAUAGAAACAUUUGCUAAUAAAAAAAGAUAAUAGUAUAAAA